AUGCGGCCGGUAAAGCCUUCUUGGCGCAACGUUUCUACACAGGUUGCUCCUGCCGGACCGCCGCCAAUAACAACGAUACACUGCUUAUUCGCUUUAUCACGUUUCACCAUAUUCUUCAAGCGCUUAUUUUUCUCCAAAUCAGCGCGCUUGGCGCGUAACUUCACCUUACCGUCAUUUUCAACGCGUACCAUAAAGCAUGGCAACGAAUCGAGCCCAGGGAAAUCUUCGAUAUCACCGAACAGCGCGUUUUUCUUUUUGAUUUUUACACGUUCACUGAUAAAGAAUAUAAGGAAUCACUUGGCGAUAAAGGGAUUAAAUCCAAAAUCACCACUCACUCCACUUACACCGCUUGCAUCAAAUACUGAAUUCAGUUUUAACCUGGGUGGUGAUGACUCGCUUAAGCCAUACAUUCAAGCCAUCGAAGCGCGACGGUUUGAAGUAACUACCAAAACCUCUCCAGCUGGACUGAAUGGCGGUGUAAUAUGCGUUAAUCCAAGGAAAUAUACGAAUAAUGUCAUAUCGGAGAGAACAAUUAAAACAAGGAAACUUUCGCCGAGAUUCGUUUCAACAAAAAAAUCGGAUAUUCCAGUCAAGUCUUUUGGCAGUGAAUCAGAUAUUAGCACGACUGAUGCCAGUCUGAGUACUAAUGAGCUAAAGCCGACAUUUGCAUCAAUGACAAAUUCAUCAAAAUGCCAUCGGAACUCCAUAAAUUCGAACACGUCAGCUUUUGAGGAAUCCAUUUACGAUGCAAAAUCUUCCAACUACCAGCUAAGUCCCAGAAAUUCAAUGAGAAAUAACACUCACAACAAAAGCAGUAGACAAUGUUCAGUCAAUGAUUCAAGAGCGUCAAAUUCCGACAUUUCCAGCGACUCCAAUAUUUCCUUUGCUUCAAAUUCGAGCGCAACUUCAAGCUCGCGUGCAUCGGGUUUGGGAAAUCGUUGUCGUAAGCCACCCAAACUGGUGUUGGAUGAUAAUUCGUGCGUCGAAUCAGACGCGACUAUGUCCACUGUUUUCAAGUGGGUGUGGGAUAAUUUGUCACCUAUGAAAAACCCGUCAAUCUAUGAGCUCUUAUUGCGCGUUGGAAUGCAAAAAUAUUGGACAAUUUUUAAACGGGAGGAAAUACUCGAUUUGGAUGUAUUUUCAACUUUGACAAUGGAUGACUUGAAAGCUAUCGGUAUAAGAGAUGUCGACGACUGCGUAAAAAUAUUGAAAUCUGUUGGAAUGGCUCUUAAUUUUUUAUCUGGUCUGUUUGUAAUGAAAAAGCCAUAA